UCCAACUCCUCGGGGCCUUGCCAAGAGGUUGCCUGGUUGAAACCCCUUCAUUCAUACUUCAUCCAUCUGUCCAGUUGCUCAGCCUCAACUUCCAUUCGUUUUAACAAGUGAAGGGCUGGCUCUUUUCACUUCUUAUCUACACUGACCCUAGUCGCUUCGCUUGAUCCACGCAAAUAUCCAAGAUGCUGAGAGGUAGAUUCGGCGAAAAGAAAGCUUCGGGAAGCUCUCCAAAAACCUCCCCUAGGCUGGCCGGUCCAGCUACCGUGAAGUUAUUGGUCGGUCCAGACAGCCAGGAAUUCCUGGUUCCGAGAGACAUUCUAGCAUCAUGCUCGUAUUUCCGGCAGCAUCUAGACACGGCACGCAUCGAGUUUGAGAAGGGUCAACCUCAUCUCGUUAUGAUCUUGGAGGACCAAUGUCCGGACACAUUCGAACUGUUCGCGUACUGGUUAAACGGGCGCAAGAACUUCGAUAAAUUCAUCGAUGCUGCUGAGGCCAGUAAUUCCUGCAAAGAGCUCCAUUGGGAUCUCGUCAACCUACACCUAUUCGCUGCACAGAUCGACAUACCCGCCCUACAAGACUGUACCAUGGACGCUAUACAAGACGUAUACCUUCGGUGCAAUUGGGACAUUAACCCGAAGCUCAUCAACUACGUUUACAAGGCAACCGACCCGCAAGAGAGCUGCCGGCUGCGGAAAUGGAUCGUCGCGAUGACAGCUUGGACACUCGGUGGCGUAGUGGCAACUGAGAUGUCGAACAACAUUCAGCGCCUUUUCGACCAGUGCCCCGACUUUUGGGCCGAAUACCAUAGUCACACGCGCAAGAUGGCCCAGACCGGGCUAGAGGGCCACUUCAAGAACCCCCAACUUAGGUUGCCUUCCAACAACCUCCGAAACGAGGAAAGACAGUUCGGUUUUCGACAAUGUUCGUUCCAUACCCACCGGUCGACCGUCGGCCAAGGCAGAUGUCCGCAUGCCACUUCCUUCUCGCCCCUCGCACCGUCACCGUACACAGAGGGCUACGCCGAGUCCGAUUCAGAGCGUGGCGAAUCGAGGUUUGGAUCACGGAUGGUUUCUCCGUGCAGUGAUACGAUCCCCGAGUCUGACCUAGAGACCUUUUGAUGGCCACCCAUAAUCAAUAUCGCCUGCUCCAAUUUCACGGGCUAAUAUUUAUUGGCCGUUGUGCCAUGCUAUAUGGGAAGGGGUCCCGAUAUUUGAGAUACAUGAGGCGUGAUGGCUGCUACAACCUCUUAAGUAAAACAUCCCCUAGUUCCCCGAUGAAGGAGCUAGAGCAAAAUCCUCAGCAGCCUAGCGACUUCAACAUUAUGAUCGGAGGUUGAGAAGAGUAUAGAAUAUAUCCGAUUUACAAAUGUAUACUUAUAUGGAUAUACUCCUGUAGGCAUUUAUCUCUCUGUAAUGCAUAAUUAUAAUACAUCAAAUUUAGUAUCUAGUUUCCUAUU